ACUCCUUCACCAACAUCUGAACGUCGCAUGAGACGAAAUCGCACUGCGUUCAGUGAAGAUCAACUGGAUCAGCUUGAGAAAACUUUUGAGCAGUGCCACUAUCCGGAUAUAGCGCAACGAGAGAAACUGGCAAAGGAAACACAAUUGCCAGAGGCAAGAAUUCAGGUGGGCAUAUAG